AUGAAAGAAAUACGACUCGAAUUAGACCAGUCUAAAUUGAAUGCUAUCAUUAUGGAGCUUGACAUUCUCCACCGAUCUUCCGCUAUAUCUGAACACAUUGUUGAGUUUUAUGGCGCCUUCUUCAUCGAAUCCUGCGUCUACUACUGUAUGGAGUAUAUGGACGCAGGCUCUCUCGCGAAACUACUCGGCAAUCAACAUGGUGAAACCCUCACAAUCUCGAAGAAAAACGAAGAGCCACAAACAUUGACCUGGCCCGGAGUCCCAGAACCCGUCUUAGCACGAAUAGCACAAUCCAUGGUCAAAGGAUUGAAAUUUCUGAAGGACGACCUCGGAGUUAUUCACCGAGACGUCAAGCCGACCAAUGUGUUAGCCAACAGGAAAGGGCAGAUUAAACUCUGCGAUUUCGGUGUGUCGGGGCAGUUGGAAAAGUCUCUCGCGAAGACGAAUAUUGGUUGUCAGAGUUACAUGGCGCCAGAAAGAAUCAAGGGAGAGUCACAAGGUCAUUCUGCAACUGCCACCUACACCGUCCAAUCCGACGUAUGGUCCCUGGGACUCUCCGUUAUUGAAAUUGCCAUCGGCUCAUACCCAUAUCCGCCUGAAUCAUACUCGAAUGUUUUUGCACAGCUUACAGCUAUUGUGCACGACGAUCCGCCCGAACUACCAGACGAAAUAUACUCGGAGGAAGCGAGACAAUGGGUUGCAAGCUGUCUGCGUAAGCAACCAGAGGAUAGGGCGACGUAUGCGGAGUUGUUAGAGGACCAAUGGUUAACGCCCGUCAAAGCGGAUGAAGUAAACAUGGUAAAGUGGGUAGAGGACUGCUUGCGUUUCAGGGAAGCAAAACUCGCUGCAGCCCAGAGUGGUAUUCACAGAACGGCUAGCGCGCCUGCGCCUGCCUAG